AUGACUAGAACUUCUGCCUUAGCUGAUGCUUUAAACGCUAUUAACAAUGCUGAAAAAACUGGUAAACGUCAAGUUUUAAUCAGACCAUCAUCAAAAGUUAUCAUCAAAUUCUUACAAGUUAUCCAAAGACAUGGUUACAUUGGUGAAUUUGAAUACAUUGAUGACCACAGAUCAGGUAAAAUUGUUGUUCAAUUAAACGGUAGAUUAAACAAAGUUGGUGUUAUCUCCCCAAGAUUCAACGUUAGAAUUGCUGACAUCGAAAAAUGGACUGAUAACUUAUUACCAGCUAGACAAUUUGGUUACGUUAUCUUAACCACUUCAGCUGGUAUUAUGGACCAUGAAGAAGCUAGAAGAAAACAUGUUUCUGGUAAAAUCUUAGGUUUCGUCUACUAA